AUGAAAAAGCACAAUUUUUAAGAAUUUAAUUAAAAAUAAAUAAAAAAAUUAAAAGAAAUAAUAUCAUAAGGAUAAAAUAAAUAAUAGUAAUCAGAAAAAGAAAAAUAAGAUCAAUUAAAAAAAUAAUAAUAAUAAUUAUAAUAAGCAAGAUCAAAAAUAUUAACACAAAAUUAAUCAAGAAUCUAAGAAUAAAAGACUCUAGAAAAAGAGAUAGAGAAUAAAUUUAAAUCAACAUCAUACUAGAAAAUAAUAGAGAAAUAUUAGUUUGGAUUAAAUUGUUUAUUCUAAUUUUUAAUCAAAGAAACAUUUCUACCAAUUGGUCAACCAUCUUCAAGAGAAUAAAUUAGUUUCAAAACGUUUGCUUGGUUUACAGAUAGGUUUAAUUUAUGUCCAGAAAUUGUAUCUAAAGAUGAUGUUCUUUAACUUUUUAGAUAUUUAACUAAAUCCAAAGAAGUUAUUGAUGGGAUACCACCAGGAAUGAAUUAUGAUGAUUUUUUAUAGGCUUUACAUAGAAUUUCUAUUAAAGGAAGUACUAUAUUUAAUAAAGUUGCUUUGAAUGUAAAAUCAUAAAAAGGAAAACUUGAUAUCAAAUAAAUUAAAUAGAUAGUUGAAGCUGAACAAAUUAUUGAUUAAGAACCAUAAAGCCAUUCACCAAGGGCAGAAUCCAUAGUGGCUGAUACUCCUUUAAGAAAUAAAUCUAAAUCUAAUUAUCUUGAGUCAUCUAAAGUUUUGAAAGAAUAUUAACUAUUUUUCCAAUAAUCAAAUGAAUCAACUUUUGAAUCAUUAAUUUUAUAUUUAGAUGUGAGCAAUGAUAAAAAUUAAUUAGAUUAACGAUUUAGAAAAACAUUAGAGGAAAAAAAAGUACCAACUAAAUUGAGAAAAAAAGGUACUAAUUAUAUUUAAUUUUAGUUUUGAAUGAAAAGCUUGGAAUUUAGAAUUGA